AUGUCUUCUGCUUUUCCUUCAGCACUGACAAUGGAUUCUAGCAAGUCUGCAUUCAGGAACAGUGUUUAUCUGGAACUACCACUCACAAGUACUGGUGAAAUCAAUCCAUGUCACAGACUCACCAGUUACACUUUUGUUUUUUCAGUGAGAUCUGCCAAAUUUGUGGUACGAAAACAAUGGAUUGUAGUGGGAGCAGAUGACAAAUUCCUCCGUGUAUACGAUUACAAUUCUGGCGAAAAGGUUAAGGAAUUCGAGGCACACGUGGACUAUAUCAGGUGUUUGGCGGUGCAUCCAACUCUGCCGUAUGUGUUAUCAGCAUCCGACGACAAGCUCAUCAAGCUCUGGGACUGGGAGAAGGAUUGGACUUGCACAAGAAUCUUCCAAGGACACAGCCACUACGUGAUGCAUGUAGGUCUCAACCCAAGAGAUGCCCACACCUUUGCGAGUGCUUCCCUUGAUUGCACUGUAAAGGUAUGGGAUAUUGGAUCCCAAGACCCAAAUUUUACUCUGGAAGGCCAUUCAAGUGGUGUGAAUUGUGUGGAAUUCAUAGCAGAUAGUGCUGGUAAAACAUAUGUGAUCAGCGGCUCUGAUGAUCGCACGGCCAAGAUGUGGGACUCUGAGACCAGAACUUGUGUCCAGACUCUGGAAGGCCAUGAAAACAAUGUAACUACGGUAUGUGUCCACCCAGGAGCUCCCAUUAUAGUUACAGGUUCUGAAGAUGAGACCAUUUGCUUCUGGAAUGCAACAACUUACAGGUAA